AUGUCAGUUUCACCAACCUCAGGAAGUCUACACGAAGAACAUUUAAUUGAACAAUCAUUAGAACAAGAAGAACAGCCACCAUCUCCAUCAAGUCAAACUAAAAUGUUAUUUGGUACAAAAUUAGAACGAGAAAGCUAUCCUCCAUGGAAACAAUAUUAUAUCAAUUAUAAUCAUUUAAAGAAGUUAUUAAAAGAAGGUGUUAUUCUUAAAAAUAAUUGGACUGAUAAAGAUGAACAAAAUUUCGUAACUGCUUUAGAUGAAAGUUUAGAAAAAGUUUAUACUUUUCAACAUGAUAAAUAUGAAGAAUUAAAUGAAAAAUUAGAUGAAUUACAACUUGAAACUGAACAAAGGGCUUCAUUCAAUGUUGAAUCAUUCCUGAAGAAAUUGGAUGAAAUUAUGGAACAAGCUCAAUUAUUAGAACAUUUCCAAAGAUUAAAUUAUACUGGGUUUAUUAAAAUUGUUAAGAAACAUGAUAGAUUACAUGCUAAUUAUUCAGUUAAAGCUUUACUUAGUGUUAGAUUGAAGAAAUUACCUUUCCAUUCUGAAGAUUAUUCUCCAUUAUUAUAUAAGAUUGGUACGUUGUUUCAAUUUGUUAGAAAUAAUUAUCAAGUUGAUGAAUUAUCAUUAUCUAAAUUAUCUUCUUUUAAUGAUGGUGCUUUAAAUGGUGAAUUCCAAUCAUUUAAAUUUUGGAUUCAUCCAGAUAAUUUAAUGGAAGUUAAAACUACCAUUUUAAGACAUUUACCAGUUUUAAUUUAUAAUAAUGCUGAUAAUGAUCAAGAUGAAGAAGAUGAGGAUGAUGAAGAGGAAGAAGAAGAUUCUAAUGUUAAUAAUCAGACUAUCAAUUGUUUAUAUUUUGAUAAUGAACAUUUUGAUCUUUAUAAUAAUAAAUUAACAAAAUUAAAUAAUUCAUCAACCCUUAGAAUUAAGUGGAAUGGGAAAUUAUCAGAUAAGCCAAAAAUUACUAUGGAAAGAAAAGAAUUUGAUUUAAAUUCAACUUUCCAUUUAGAUGAUAAAAUUGAAUUAAGACAAAAAUAUAUUAAUCAAUUUGUAAUUCAUAAAGAAAUUCCAAGAAAAUUAGCUAAACUUAAUGGUGAAGCCAAUGUUAAGAAAUUAUUAGAUUUUAUUAAUGAACAUAAUUUACAACCAGUUUUAAGAACAACUUAUAAACGUACUGCAUUCCAAAUCCCAGGGGAUGAUAAGAUUAGAAUCAUUAUUGAUUCUAAUUUGACUUUUAUUAGAGAAGAUUCAUUUGAUCCUCAAUUACCUAUUAGAGAUCCAAAUCAAUGGCACAGAUUAGAUAUUGAUCAAGCUGCAAAACCUCAGCAAUUCUUACGUAAAGGUGAAUUUAAUAAAUUCCCUUAUUCAACUAUGGAAAUUAAAAUUAAGAAAUCUUCAGUUAAAAAUUUCAAAAAAUUACAAUGGAUUAAUGAAUUAAUUAAUUCUUCUUAUUUAGUUAAAGAAAUUCCAAAUUUCUCGAAAUUUAUUCAUGGAGUUGCUUGUUUAUUUUUGGAAGAUGAUAAAUUAGAUAAUAUUCCAAUGUGGUUUAAUGAGUUAGAUGGUGGUAUAAUUGAAGAUGUCCCCAGGAUUCCAAUUAGAAGUACCAAUACCAAUAUCCAAGGAAUUUCAACUGAUUUAACUGUUGAAGAUAAUUUAUCUAAAUUUAAAUCCAUGAUUCUUAAAAACAACUCAGCUAAUUUCCAACCUCGUUCAGCAUCAUUCUCAGGUUCAAUAUUAUAUAAAAAUGAAGAUGAUCUUGAAGAAGAAUCAAUCGAAUCAUCAAUUCCACCAGUUGGGUCAUCAUCUACUGGUAAAAUCACCACUAUUGCCGAAGAAGAACCUGGACGUCCAAAUGGUCCAAAUCGUGGGAUUUCAAUGACUACUGAUGAUCAAUCAUCUGAAUUUGAAGAUGAAGAAGAUGAUCGUAGAGUCAAUCCUUUGGUUAGAUUACUUAAUAUCCCUUCAAGAUUCUCAAAAUUGGCCGAUAUUGAUUCUGAAGAAGAAGAAGUUGAUUUACCGGUUGGUGUUAGUAAACCAGAACAAUGGAUUAAGAAUAUGGGUCCAAUUAAAAUUGAACCAAAAGUUUGGUUAGCUAAUGAGCGUACUUUUAAUCGUUGGUUACAUGUAACUACAUUAUUAUCUGGUUUAACAUUUAUUAUUUAUUCAAGUACUAUGAAUUCCAAUUUUGAAAAUUUAUCAACUUAUUUAGCAUAUUUUUAUUUUGGUUUAACUUUAUUUAGUGGAAUUUGGGGAUAUUAUAUUUUUAUGCAAAGAAGAAAUAUCAUUUUAGAAAGAAGUGAUAAACAUUUAGAUAAUUCAUUUGGACCAUUGAUUGUUGCAAUUGGAUUGAUUUUUGCUUUGAUUGUUAAUUUCAUCUUUGGUUGGAAAAGUAUUGCUAUGAUGGAUAAUGAUGAAUUUUAUGCCAAGAAUGAUAUGCAUAGAAGUAUUCAUGAAUUUGUUAUUAAUUUGGUUAAUUAG